UAAAAAAAGUGAAAAGAUAGCGAUAACGGAAACCCUAAUCCCCAAAUCAGAAAUCUAUCCGAAUCGCUAUUUAUGUUUGUGGCUUUCUCCCCCCUGCGAUCCGAUGUCCCCCGCUUCGCCCGCCGCGCCGAUCCGACCUCCCGCCGCCGCGUUCUCUCCGCCGGGGACGCUCUCUCCGGCGCCGCCGGCUCCGCGCCAUGAGGAAGAAGCUCGACACCCGCUUCCCCGCGCCUCGGAUUAAGAAGAUCAUGCAAGCAGAUGAAGAUGUCGGCAAGAUUGCUCUAGCUGUACCUGUUCUAGUUUGGAAGAUGUAGAGCAACGGUAGUCAUCUUUCUUGUUAAGAGGAGGAGCUUGCUACUGAGGUCAUCAGAGCUAAGGUGCAAAUGUUAAUCCUUUGGGCCAGGGAAACUGAGUUCAGGCUCAAUGGUCAACCAUCCAAAGCGUUGGAGCUAUUUUUGCAAGACUUAUGUGAUAGGACAUAUAAUAUCACUGUUGAAAAAGGGGUCAAAACAGUGAGUUCAUCACAUCUGAAACAGUGCAUUCAUAGUUACGAUGUGUAUGAUUUUUUGAAGAACGUUGCCAGCAAAGUUCCAGAUUUGGGUGCACCUGAUUCUAGUGUUGAUGAUAAGCUUGGCAAAAGAAGGAAACAUGGUGAGGAUGAAAGCGAGGAGGAAUCGAAGCGGACAAGAAAUGAGGCAGCAUGCCACACAAGCAACGGCAGAGGGCGUGGGAGGGGACGUGGGAGAGGUCGCCGUGCUGGGCGUGGAGCUGAGAGGGAGAUUGAACACCAUGAAUUAGGUUGUGCCCAAUUUAGCAAACCAGGCCACCUGAAGGUAGAGAUUGGAGACGGGGUUUUGGACACAAGUGAAACCAAAGAGCACACCCCUUUGAGCAAUGCCAGGGCCUCCUUAAGGAACAUUGACUUGAACUUAGAUCUUGCUGACUACGAGGAGGAUACAGUGGCGCCGCAAGUCCAGCCUUCAGCUCCUGUGGUGACCGUGGCGCCGCAAGUCCAGACUUCAGGACCAUCGGUUUCACAGUUGAAAGAAGAAGUGGCGACCAAGGAUUUCCUGGGCUGGCAAAUGCCUGAGAUGAACAAGAUGGCCAUGGACCCGGUGCAGUUUGCGCUGUCGUCAAACCAUAGAUUAGAGGAGGACGAAGACUAUGACAAUGAAGAAUGAUGUGACUCUAGCGUGGAUUUAGUUUGAGAAGCUGAUAGGUAGACAUGACAUGAUGUACAUCCUAGCAGGCCCAGCUUGACAAUGUAGUAGCAAUUCUCUUGUAGUAUGUGUACCCGCAGAUGCUGCAGAAGUAAUUUAGGAUGUGACAUAUGUUGAUUGCUCAAUAGCCAGUAGUAGCUAGUAUCUUGUGUAGCAACUAUAUAGUGUAGCGACUAUAUAACUAGACAUGUUCGCCGGUUGUAAAUCAUGGUUGCUUUUAGAUCAAAUGCUAUGUCAUAAUGCUUAUGUUA